AUGAAACCAUCUAAACUGCAAGAUCAUCUGAGAAGAUGCCACCCUGAUAAAACAGAGAAAGAUUUGAAAUACUUUCAAACACUCAAAGAUAAAUUUCAGAAGAGACCUUCACUGGACAGAAUGUUCGCUUCGACGUCACAAAGAAAUGAUGGUUUGCGGGCGUCUUACAAUAUCUCGUUACUUAUAGCAAAAUCCGGAAAACCGCAUACUAGCGGAGAGAAGUUAAUUUUGCCAGCCGUUGAAGAGGUUUUAAAAACUGUUUUACACAAACCUGCAUCUGAUAUGAUUAAAAGAAUUCCCUUAAGCAACAAUUCCUUUUGA